AUGGCAGCGAGUUUGGCUCAAUCCCCCUCCUUUCUGCGUCGAACUUCCGAAAACGCCUCUGGGUCGAUUCUCCUGUCGGCAAGCUCCCCAAGGUUCAUGCGAUUUGGCUCCGGACCUCAAUUUCGCCAUAGACACAGCUCUUGUCUUACCCUCUCGAGUCCGCUGCAAAGGCGAACAUUGAAAUCUCGGAGAAGCUUUGUGGUUAAAGCUUCUGGUGAUGCGUCUGACUCAAUCGCACCACUUGAGUUGAAGUCUCCGGUGGGGCAGUUUCUUUCGCAGAUACUCGUGAGCCAUCCUCAUCUUGUGCCAGCAGCUGUUGAACAGCAGCUUGAACAACUUCAAACCGAUCGAGACGCUGAAGAACAGAUCAAAGAUUCAUCCUCUGUUCCUGGAACAGACAUUGUUCUUUACAGGAGAAUAGCUGAGGUUAAGGAGAAAGAGAGAAGAAGGGCGUUGGAAGAGAUUUUAUAUGCUUCAGUUGUUCAGAAGUUCAUGGACGCUAAU